CACUCUGGGGGGGGGGAGGGGCAGUGACACACGAUGUCGCCGUUCUCCGUCAUUGAUGCCACGAAGCUCCUUUCGCCGUUUACUCUCCAUAUCAUUCUAUUGUAUGUCAGCUCUCUCUCCGUGUACAACUACAGAAUAGAUGCACUCCAAGGAAAUAAGAAGAAAGAAGAGAAGUCUACGCCACAACGGCCGUUCGAUGGUUUCCGGCCGAUGCCUUGUCUCCUCCAUUGUCUUCGUUCUCGGAAACACACAGGAAUUGCCCAAGACCAAAAUCAAAGUGGUCGUCGGAAAUCAAGGCGCCCUAGUCGUCGUGAGGUUAUGGAUGAGGUUUCCCGACAAACCGCUAUGCGUUUGCAAGCCGAAAAAGAUCAUAGGGCUGCCAUGGUACUUAGCAACAUGAGUGGCGGCGCCGGCGGUGAAGGUUACGAGUCUUAUCACUCUUAUGGCAACGUGAAUUUAUUAUCCGACGACGACGAUGGUAAUGGUGGAGGAUCUGCACAAUAUCCUCCGACGAGCGCCGGACAAGUUGGUGAAAAUGAUGAAGCGGUUCCUCCUCCUGAAACUCAAACCGGGCGGGGUAAGACUAAUAAAAAAGCCUUGAAAUCGGAUAUUUUUGUUAAACAUUAUAAAAAAGUCCCGGUACUAGAUGCAACCACUCAACAAGAGACCAAUGAAUUUGUCGCAUAUUGUAACUAUUGCGAUAAAUCCUACCCCUUUUUUGCCGGUGGGGGCUAUGGUACUCUCCAUCGUCAUUUAAAGGCAAAGCAUCCGAUCGAAUAUGGGACCGCCAAAUCCCAAAUCCAACUAAACUUCUCGUCCGGUGCGUCUGAAACAACAGGUACGCCUCUUAUUAAAUAUGAUCAUAAAGUCGCCCAAGAUGCUAUGGUUAGAUGGGCUGCAAUGAAGCAUUUGCCUUUCAAUUUUUUUGAUGACAAAAAAUAUGAAGUUACUAUGCAAACUGCUUUUAAUGUCGGUGCUAAAAGAAUACCCGCAACUUCACAUCAAAAAUCUAACAACAGACAAUUUUUUGAGAAGCAAAAAUAAGUAACACGUUUUUUGUCCACCUUGGGUCACAAAGUAAACAUUUGCUCUGAUGUGUGGACUGAUGCUUUUCAAAGAAAUUCUUAUAUGGGCAUUACAUGUCAUAUUGGACAAUAGUUGGACGUUGCACAAGCGUUUGAUUGGUUUUAGACAAUUUCCUACGCCACACACAGCACCUGCAAUUACUGCUCUGAUUAUUCAAGUUUUGAAUGAAUAUAGAUUGUGCAAUAAGGUCUUUUCUGUUGGUUUUGAUAAUACAACCGCUAACACUGCAAGUAUUGCUGACUUAAUUGCGGCUUGUGCCACGGUUAUAAAUGGUAAAUACUUUCAUCAAAGAUGCAUUUGUCAUAUUUUAAAUUUAUGUGUACAAGAUGUUCUUACUUUGUGGCAAAAACAUGUUGAUCCUAUUAGAACUGGCGUAAAUUUGAUCAAUUGGAAUCUCACAUUGUCCUCACAUUGGUAAGGCUUGGAAGAAAUAUUGUCAUCAAAAGAAGAUCAGGUACACAAAUUUUACAAUUGACGUGUCUACUAGAUGGAACUCCACAUAUGAUUGUUUGAACUCUACUUUGGAGCAUAUAGAUUAUUUGAUUGAUAUUUUUAGGACUUAUCCCGUUCCUGAUUUAUAUCUAUCGCAUGCAUGUUGGGAGCAAAGCAUGAGUUUGUUUAAAUU